UGGCGGACAAGUUCAGUUAAAUUCAGUUCGUGGUACUUUUAUAUAGUUUUAGCGUACAACUAUGGCAGAAAAUCCAAAGAAAAGCAGGAAAAGAAAGUGGAAAGAGGUUCCUUUAGAUAACCCAGCAUUUUUUAGUGGUAAUAUGGAGGGAUUUGUCCAGCUUGAAGAGCUUCAAGACUACACGUUCGAGAGUGUUGGUACAGAAGGCUCGCGUGUUGUUGAUACUGAUUUUAUUGCUAGAGAGGAAACUAAAGGGAAGAAGAUGCCUAAAGUGGAGAAUGAAACCAAGAAGGAAAAAAGAAAGAGAAAAAGAAAGGAAAAGCCAACCAAAGACUUAACUAAAAUUGAUAAACUAAAAGAUGGCGAAAGUAAGCCUGAAAUAGCUAAUACUGAUUCUACUACUGGAGAGGAAUCUGAAGGAAAAAAGCAUCCUAAAAUGGAAAAUAAAACCAAGAAAGCAAAAAGAAAGAGAAAAAGAAAGAAAAAGCCAACCAAAGACACAUCUAAAGCUGAUAAACCAAUAAAUGAAGAAGAUAAGCCUGAAAUGAUAGAAGCAAAUGAGAAGAUGAGUCAAAAUGAAUCACAACAAAACAUCAAGAAAGGAAGGAAGCUGGAUGAUAUGAGUGACUGGAAUGGUCUUGGUGUCCCAGAUGAUGUGUUGAAGGCAUUAAGUGAGCAUGGAUUUACAACACCUACUUCAAUUCAAGCACUUGCUAUUCCUCCUGCCCUAUUUCACCACAGAAACAUYGUUGGUGCUGCUGAAACAGGUUCAGGCAAAACACUAGCAUUUGGUAUCCCUAUCAUUCAUCAUAUCAUGGCCGUCAAAGAACGUACAGYUAACAAGACCAACGAUGAUAGUAAACAUGAAACAGAAGAUGGAGAAGACAAUGUUAAYGAAAACCCUCUAAUGGCACUGAUAAUGACUCCUACAAGAGAGUUGGCCUUACAGAUCAAGGACCAUCUUGUUGCCGCAGCAAAAUAUACACCUAUUAAGGUUGCUGCAGUGGUUGGAGGUAUGGCUGCUCAAAAACAGCUACGAUUGUUGAAAAAGCAUCCAGAAAUUGUGGUUGCAACACCAGGCAGAUUAUGGGAAAUGAUUUCAUCGCAAGAGGAACAUGUGAGUAACUUGGAGCACUUGCGGUACUUGGUGAUUGAUGAAGCAGACAGGAUGAUUGAACAAGGACACUUUGAAGAACUAUCAUCUAUACUGGAUGCUAUACACUUCAAAAAAAGUGCAAAAUCGUUUGAUAGCUGUUAUCCAGAAGAAGAUGUAAAGAUCAUAAAAAACACAUCAACAGAAAAGUUUCAAAAGUUCAUUUUUUCUGCAACCUUAACAUUUCCCAAGUCAAUCAGGCGAAAAGGAAAAGAUUAUGUAUUGUCAACUGAAGAUUUACUAGUUCGUCUACUGAACAAGAUGAAUAUCGAUAGCAAGAAGGCAAAAAUUAUUGAUGUUACAACGAAGAAAGGGACGGCACAUACACUCACUGAAGCUAGAAUAACAUGCAGCAAGGAAGAYAAGGACGCAUACUUGUAUUAUUUUCUACUAAAGUACCCAGGAAGAACUUUAAUCUUCGCSAAUACCAUCGACUGCAUCCGACGACUUGCCUCCAUACUCAGAUUACUGCAGCUCAAUCCUUUGCCUUUGCAUGCCAGCAUGCAACAAAGACAACGACUCAAAAACCUUGACAGGUUUAAAUCUUCAGAAAAUGGUUUACUCGUAUCGACAGACGUSGCAGCGCGAGGACUAGACAUCCCCAAUGUACAACACGUGAUACAUUAUCAAGUCCCAAAGGACCCAGAGGUUUACAUCCAUCGUAGUGGACGGACAGCACGGGCAUUAAACGAGGGUCUCAGUGUGGUACUUGUUGGACCUGAGGAUCUGGCCUCGUACAGGAAGAUCAUGAAAACUCUUAAUAAUGGUAACGAACUGGAGUCCUUCCCAGUAGAUGUACCAUAUAUAACAGACGUUAAAUCUAGGAUAUCACUGGCUAGAAACAUCGACAAGGAACAAAACAAAAUCCAAAAGAAGAAGUCAACCAAUGACUGGUUUGUGGCAUCAGCCAAAGCGAUGGAUAUUGAAGUGGAUGACGACUUACUCGAGGAUUUAGGAGACUCGAGAGAGAAAAAAAUUUCCAACGAAAAGCGGAAAGCUAGUGGUUCCAGGAUUACAAGAUGAAUGUUCAAAUACAAACGAUGUUGUCAAGACAGCAGUAGAUGACGUUAAGAAAAAGAAAAAGAGAAAACGACAGUAGUUUUUAGAUUCUUUCUGUGGCUCUUUAUUCAAGUGAAUAGACUUUAAAUAUAUGAAAGUCUAUUAUUGAAAAUCAGAACAUACAUUAUACAAGUAUUAUAGACACCUUGCAUGUGAGGUCAAAACAGCUGGAUCUAGGGGACAAAACAAAAGAAUUCCAAUCAUGAGAAUUGGAACCUAUUACUUUGUCACCCAGAUUGAGCUGCAUUCCAAAGUGCUGCAAGGGGUCUGUAGGUAUCAAAGAUAAAUAAAAUACG